UUAGAUGCUUGAAACCAAGGGGCGGACUGACCAUUUGGAAACUCGGGCACUGUCCGAGGGCCCGGGGUCAGUAGGGGGCCCCCAUGAGAUGCCCCUGGUACCUUUUUCAUAGGCUUUUUUGAGUUUGGGCAAGGACACAGGGGCCCCAUGAUCCCCUAUUGCCCGGGGGCCCCAUGAGUUGUCAGUCCGCCCCUGCUUGUAACUGUCAAUCUUGCAAUUCCUCAUGGGACUUUGCACCUUCCUUCUAUUGUAGCUGGGAGUCCAAAAAA